AUGUGCUGUGCUCUACAGAGCUGCUUAUAUCUGCAGGAAUCUCGGCUGGAUAUCGCAUUCCACACGGGUCUCUUUGGCAGCAUGGUGCUGUAUAGGCUUUUUUUCCAUCCACUGCGGAAUUUCCCUGGCCCAGUAGGUGCGAGAAUAUCACGUCUGCACGCCUCUUUUCUCACCUUGAAAACAGCUCAAAUGCACUAUGUGGUUCAAGAUAUGCAUAGGCAAUAUGGAGAUGUGGUUCGCACCGGGCCACGGGAGGUAUCCAUCUGCCGUCCAUCUGCUAUCCGUGCUAUAUAUGGACCUCCGACCCGAUGCACAAAAUCGCCCUGGUAUGAUCAGAAUUUUCCGGAAGGCGUCGGGAAGCCUUUAAUUGGUAUACGAGAUCCCAAGACGCAUAAUAAGCGGCGUCGUGUUUGGGAUCGCGGAUUUAGGAUCCAAGCCCUCAACGAGUACGAACCUCGCAUCGUCGCCAAAACUCGACUGUUAGUCUCCAAAAUAAACGAGCGCCAUGCCCAACCGCUCAAUAUCACUAACUGGAUUUCCUGUUAUGCCUUCGAUGUGAUGGGUGAUAUCGCACUGGGUAUGGAGUUUGACAUGCUGAAACAUGGACAAAAGCCGCCUGCAGUCAAACAACUCCAGUCAACUAUCAACGUGGUAGCAGUCGGCGGGACUAUCCCAUGGCUGGCUCCUCUAGUCAUGGAUAUUCCCGGUGUGAUGCCGCUUAUCAACCCGUUCAGGCGGUUAUGCCAUUUAUUACUUGAGGAGAGACGGCAGACUGUGUCCAGAGAUGAAUACCCAAAAGAUAUCAUAUCCUGGUUGAUCCAAGCAAAAGGAGACGGUGACCCGGGAGCAGCCCCCUCCGAAAUCGCUUUACAAGAUGACGCAUGGACACUAGUUGUUGCGGGCAGUGACACUGUAUCAACUGCCCUCACCAACGCUUUGUUUUACCUCUCAACCCACCCUACCAUUUUCUCCAAACUCCAAUCAGAGCUCGACAAUGUCUUCCCACACGGCAUGCAAGACUGGUCAUACGACAUAGUGAGAGAUAUUAAAUAUCUAGACUACAUCAUCAACGAGACUCUUCGCCUUAAACCCUCAGUCCCCGGUGGUCUUGCACGCGUCACGCCACCGGAAGGCCUGCAAAUUGACGACAUCUAUAUUCCGGGUGACAUGAUAGUGACUGUUCCUACAUUUACCAUCCAGCGGAAUGAGCGGUAUUUCACCAGGGCGAGAGAGUUUAUUCCAGAACGGUGGGAGGGGGUUAGCACGGAGAGCGUGCCGUUUAUUCCUUUUUCACGAGGUACAUUUGAUUGCGCCGGUAAUAAUAUAGCGUGGAUGGAGCUCCGGAUGGUUUUGUCGACAGUUGCACUUGAAUAUCACGUGUGUGUGGCGGAUGACGCCCAUGUGGCUUUUGAUGGACAGGAGAGAGAUGCUUUUAUGCUUGCGUUGCCGGAUUUGUUUGUGGUGUUUAAGACGCGCAGGUAG